ACUUUUUCUCAGCCUGAGUGACAGCCUAAACAGUGGAAAGAUGUCGAGUGUGUCCUACCACAUCUCCAACCUGUUGGAGAAAAUGACCUCCACUGACAAAGACUUCAGCCUGGCGCCUCUGGUGAGCAAAGUGAAGGAGCCCCAGGUGGAGACGAUGGUGGACGUGCUGUGUUCAAACAUGACGUCGGACAAAGAGCAGCUGAGGGACAUUUCCAGCAUGGGACUGAAGACCGUGAUCGCAGAGCUGCCACUCACAUCCUCAGGUUUGACUCUGACAGGCAGCGUGUGUAAGAAGAUUACCUCCCAGCUGAUUGGUGCCAUGGGGAAACACGAUGAUGUGUCUGUGCAGUUAGAGGCCCUGGACAUCCUGUCGGACAUGUUGGGAAGGUAAAAACAAGCGUUAAUGUUUCUUCAUUCAUUCGUCAUUUGGAUGCUGCAGUUAACCAGCCCCAGAAUGGCGGUCAGGAAGCGCUCCAUCUUAGCUCUCGGUCACCUGGUGCCCUGCUGCAGCCCUGCCCUCUUCUCCCAGCUGACAGAACACCUGAUGAAAGAGCUGGCCAAGGGUCCGCCCACAUCAAUGACAAGAACAUACAUCCAGUGCCUGGCAACCAUUAGUCGUCAGGGCGGCCAUCGAGUCGGUGAACAUUUAGAGAAGUUGAUCCCAAUGGUGGUAAAGUUCACCGGAGUAGAAGAUGAUGAGCUGAGAGAGUAUUGUUUCCAGGCCUUUGAAGCUUUUAUACGCAGGUGUCCAAAGGAGAUGUCGCCUCACAUUGCCACAGUGACUCAGCUUUGUCUUAAGUAUAUGACCUUUGACCCCAACUACAACUAUGAUGACAAUGAGGAGGAGGAUGAAGAUAGAAUGGACAUAGAUGAUGAGCUUGAGGAAGAGUCAGACGACGAGUACAGUGAUGACGAUGACAUGAGCUGGAAGGUGCGGCGCUCUUCCAUCAAGUGUCUGGAGGCGUUGAUCAGCACGCGUCUGGACCUCCUGCUCUCCUUCUACUCCUCCAUCUGCCCCGCUCUGCUGGCACGAUUCAAGGAGCGCGAGGAGAACGUCAGGGCCGACGUCUUCACUGCUUUUUCAACGUUGCUGAGACAAACACGGGUGGCAUCGAGUCGCCACAGCCUCAUCGUGUCUGGUUCAGAUCCCGGGGUGAGAAGAGAGGAGGAGCCGGCAGUCGCCUUGCUGAAAAAACAGGUGCCGGCGACUGUAAAGGCCCUCCACAGACAGCUGAAGGAGAAGAGCAUCAAAUCCCGACAGGGUUGCUUCUGUCUCCUCACUGAGCUGGCUCACACUGUACCGGGAGCCCUGGAAGAGCAUAUACCUGCCCUGAUACCUGGCAUCAUCUUCUCCCUGACAGACAAAUCCACCCUGUCCACCAUGAGGAUCGAUGCGCUCUCCUUCUUCAACGUCCUGCUCCUCUCCCACCCUCCUCAGGCCUUUCAGCCACACAUGCAGGUGCUGCUGCCCCCAGUGAUUGCAUGCAUUGAGGACACGUUCUAUAAAAUCACCUCAGAGGCUCUGCUGGUCAUCCAGCACCUGGUCAAAGUGAUGAGACCGCAGGGACAAGCAGGAGGAUUUGACCCUAAACCGUUCGUUAAAGAGGUGUUUUCUGUAACGAUGAAGCGGCUCAAAGCAACAGACAUCGACCAGGAAGUGAAAGAACGAGCGAUUUCCUGUAUGGGUCACAUUGUUUGUCACCUUGGUGACCACCUGAGGGCAGAAGUUCAGGCAGUCUUGGCGAUCUUUCUGGAGAGAUUAAAGAAUGAGAUCACAAGACUAACAGCAGUUAGGACCAUCACCCUCAUCGCUGCCUCUCCGUUAAAGAUCGACAUGUCACCCAUUCUGCCAGAAGCGCUCUCUGUGCUGGGAUCUUUCUUGAGGAAGAAUCAGCGGGCGUUGAAGCUCGGGACGCUGGCGUGUCUGACGGCGCUGGUCACUCAUCACGCUGCCAGCAUUAAACCUGCAGCCCUGGAGCCCGUGCUGAGCGAACUUCCUACUCUGGUGGAUGAGAGUGACAUGCAUGUUUCACAGGUGUCCAUCACCUUGCUGACCGGUAUGGCCAAAGCCUACCCCUCGACUCUGGCUAAGAUCAGCUCGUCUGUUCUGCCGGGAGUCUUCAGACUCAUCCAUUCACCGCUCCUGCAGGGUAGCACUCUGGAAGCAAUACUCGAGUACUUGCAAGCACUGGUGCUGUCCAAAACCAGUAAUCUGAGCUACAGCAGAUCUCAGUCUUCUGCAGAUGGCAGCAUCGUCCAUAGGCAGUCCUACCACUCAGUCGCUCGCUGUGUGGCUGCUCUGUCCUCUGCUUCUCCCAAAGAGACUCCUGGCACUGUGGCCGGCUUCAUACAGCAGGUGAAGAAUCCCGGCUCUCCAGAGGCUGCUCGUGUCCUCGCCCUGUUGUGUCUGGGGGAGGUGGGGAGGAAGGGCAGUCUGGGAGGAAGUAAGGAGGUGCAGGGAGUCAUCUUGGAGGCUUUCUCUUCCACCAGUGAAGAGGUGAAGACGGCAGCCUCCUGCGCUUUAGGCAGCAUGGCCGUCGGCUGCCUGAGCGAUUACCUGCCCUUCCUCCUGAAGGAGAUCUCAGCCCAGCCACGGAGACAGUACCUGCUCCUUCACUCCCUCAAAGAAGUCAUCAGUGUCUGUCCAGCCUCCAGUCUCUCGCCCCAUGUAGAGUCUGUGUGGGCCUUGCUGUUUCAGAACUGCGAGUGUCAGGAGGAGGGCACCAGGAACCUGGUGGCUGAAUGUUUGGGAAAACUCACUUUAGUCAAUCCGGCAGCACUUCUGCCUCGACUUAAACAACAACUUAAAACUGGUUCUCCUUUAGCUCGCAGCACCGUGGUAACAGCCAUCAAGUUCACUAUUGUUGACCACCCGGCACCCAUAGACUCACUGCUGAAAGACUGCAUAGGUGACUUCCUGAAGACCCUGCAGGAUGAGGACAUCAAUGUGCGACGUAUCGCCUUGGUAAUGUUUAACUCAGCAGCUCAUAACAAACCGUCUCUGAUCCGCGGUCUCCUGGGAAGAGUGCUGCCUCACCUCUACAAGGAGACCCAGAUCAGGAAGGACCUCAUCAGAGAAGUGGAGAUGGGUCCGUUCAAGCACACUGUUGAUGAUGGGUUGGAUGUGCGUAAAGCUGCAUUUGAGUGUAUGUACAGUCUUCUGGACAGCUGCCUGGAGGGGCUGGACAUCCUGCAGUUCCUGGAUCAUGUAGAGGAAGGACUCAAAGACCACUAUGAUAUCAGAAUGUUGACCUUCCUGAUGCUGGCCAGACUGGUCUCUCUGUGUCCUGCUGCUGUUCUCCAGAGACUGGACAGGCUGGUGGAACCACUUAAAGCGACCGUCACCACCAAAGUGAAGGCCGGUUCUGUGAAGCAGGAGUUUGAAAAGCAGGAGGAGCUGCGGCGCUCGGCCAUGCGUGCUGUCGCCGCCCUGCUGGCUGUGCCUGAGGUGGAACGAAGCCCCAGCAUGGCCGAAUUUGCCAAUCAAAUCAAAACCAGCACUGACAUGGCGUCUAUCUACCAGAGCAUCAAGGGAGGGGAGGGUGGGGGUAUAGGAGCCACAGAGAGCAUGGAUAUGAGCUAGAAACAUGCUGGAGAUGUUCAUGAGAAUGUUUUUAUCGAUGAGCUUUAGGCACAGCACAUUAAACUGAUCUGUGUUUGUACAGUG